GAUUGUUGUUAUUGAAUUAAAGUUUUAUAUAUUAAAAAGACCGGGAUUUUGCUUUAAAUUAAUUCUUUUUCUCUUUUUUUAAUUCAAUUAAUAAAUGUAAUAUAAAAUAUAUAUAGCUUUUUAUAAACAUGUACGUAUACUAACGUGUAUAUUGUAGCUAAUAUUAUGUAAUGUAUAGCAGCUGUGCUAUAAAAUAUACAAAAAAAAUAUUAAUCUAUUUUUAUACAAAAAUAGUAUUUCAUAAUUAAAUUAAUAAUUGAAAAUAACAAUAAAUAUAUACAUAUGUGUGUACAUAUAUGUACAUAUGAGUGUAGAUAAUUUAACAAAAGUGCAAUUCAAAUAAUGUCAAACAACUAUGUAAGAGGAAAUGUUAGCUCUUAUGAAAUUGGGAAAAAACCUUACAGUCCAGAUGUGGAAAGGGGAAAAUGGUUAUCAAAAUGGGAUUUUUUAUUUGCUAGCUUGGGACAUGCUUUCGAAACAAGAAAUUUUCAAAUAUAUCCUUUUUUCAUGAUAACACAUGGUGGAUUUCUUGGUUUCUUUCCGUAUAUGCUGUCACUUUUAUUAUUCUCAAUUCCAAUAUUUUUUGUACAGUCGUUUCUGGGGCAGUUUUCAAGCACUGGUUCUUUAAGUGUUUUUCGAGUUUCACCACUUUUUAAAGGGCUGGGAUAUAGUAUAUUAUUAGUGAAUUUAAUAACAUCAAGUUAUUAUACAAUGAUAACAUCGAUUCCACUUAUAUAUAUAAUAAGUUCCUUUCAUCCAACAAUACCAUGGAUGUCAUGCGAAAAUACAGUUCAUAAUUGUACCACUAACUAUCAUUUUGAAGACGAUAAUGAAGUAUGGAAUCCUUUUAAAUUUUUAUGGCAACCUACCGAAAACAAAUUGUUACCAGCUAAAUCUUAUUUUUCGUGGGUAACUCAUGCGAGUAAAGAUUUCACAUUUUCAAUAUCAUGGCAAAUUGCUUUAGCUAAUGUAUUUGUGUGGAUUCUUAUUGGUGUCAUUGUUGUCAAAGGAAUAGAAUUUAUUGGAAAAGUUAUACGUUAUGCAGUAGUAACACUCUUAAUAUUUUUAACAAUAAUUUUCAUGCGUUUAUUAUUUACCGAUGGCGUUUGGACUGGUAUUUUAUUAUUUUUUACACCAAAAUUUCCAGAUUUAAUUAUGUGGAUGAUUGGACCAAUGGUAGCACUAACAACAUUUGGCUCCGGCUGGGGUAUAACAUUAACUUUGGCCAGUUAUAAUCAUUUUCAUGAAGAUAUCGAAAAAUAUUCAAUAAUUAUUAAUUUUGGCCAUAUGAUAUUGUUAAUGAUUGGUGGAAUAAUUUCAUCUAUUAUAAAUUCUUCUAUAACCGCCGAAAAAAGUUUAUUAUUACAUUUAUUUAGAAAUAAUCCAAUUGGUUAUGUGUAUAUAGUUAACGCAUAUUUUUUUGGUACCUUAGAACUGCCAAAUUUUUGGUGUUUUCUUUUUUUUGCAAUGGUGUUUUGUUGUGAAUUUGUAACUUGUAUUUUACAAGUUCUUACAAUUACUACAGCUAUUUUUGAUGAAUUCGAACCAAUAAGAAUAUAUAAAAAAGAGUUUACAUUUGCAUUAGUAGGAUUAUUGGCACUAGGAUCUGCAAUUUUUUGUUUGAGCGUGGGAUUGCAUUUAGCUGCUUCACUAAUGAGUUCAGCUGGUAUUUUUACAUAUUUCAUUUGUUUUACGGAAUUAAUGAUUGUAUCAUGGAUUUAUGGAAAAGAUAAAUUUUUCAAAGACAUUGAAUUUUUAUUGAUGAAACCAUAUGCAAAAUGGAAAUUUAUUGUUUUACGAUAUGUAACACCUACAAUUCUUUUAUACACACUUGCUUUAAUAAUUAUGUUCAUUUGGUUUACUGUUAAAUUUAAAGAAGAUGAGCCGUUAUUAUAUCUACCAAACUUAAUUAUAAGUGUUAUAACAAUUAUAAUGUUUCUAAUAUAUUUGGGAUAUAAAAUAAAAGAUGGUAGUGGUAAUAAUAUAUUAGAGAAAUUUCAGUUUUUAAGUCGAUCAAUCGAUUGGUAUCCAGUUGAUCCUGAUGUUCGUAGUCAAUAUGAAUUGAAUGUUAAUAAAAAUGUUGAAAUUGGUCAUAGACUUUUAUCCGAUAGUCAACACAAUUUACAAGAAAAUGAUUUUGAAGAUAAUAAUGUUGCAGCUAAUAUUAAUAAUUAAUAAAUUUAAUUUUUUUUUAAUUAA